GUGGGUAAUUUCGUGUCAUUUUCUUUUAUUUAUCCCUCCUGUGCACGUGAGUGUGGAUAAUCACCUGCGGGGACUCACAUAACACAGCGCCAAGCCUCGUGCCGGCGACUCUGUUAGAUCAUAUUUUGAAACACCUAUCUGACCGCACCUCCACUACUUAUAAAAUGCUGUACUUAACGUGACAUGGGUUUUAAGGAUGCUUUUUUACGAUUGUAGUGACAGUUAACAAGAUCCUUAGGUUAUCACCAGGAGAAACACUCUUGAGAACCAGUCUGAUCAUCAAUGCGGCAUUCAAAAAUAGUCGUGGUGAAAGAGCAGAGCGUUUCAACAGCAGUCACCAUCUCACAAGUUUUCGCUCACAGUGGGGAUGGUGCGGUGCCCUUGAGGCUUUGUGGGAAAUCUUCACUGUAACCCCGGGGCCCGACCAGUGAAGCGAGUGAGCGAGUGAUGGUGGGUUAGCCGCGGCGCUACGUGGAGUGCGGCGCGGCAGGACAUGUGCUUAUCCCCGACACUGUUCAGAGCCUGCCUGGGGGUCUGCCUUGAGUUGCUGUCCACACACACACACACACACACACACACACACACACACACACACACACACACAGGCAAGCAGGAAUGGAAGAAGCAAAACAGACACGAUUCUUCUUUUCUAUAACCCGGUGAGGACGUAGAGGUCAGACUUCAAGUAAAUGUCAUUCAGGCUGAGGAUUCAAAGCCAAGGUGACAUGAGCUGGUGAACUGAUGACAUGACAAGCUGGUGAGUUGGUGAGUGCCCGAAGGAGGCCAGGCGGGGAGAAGGGGUGUAGCUAUAACCAUGGAAAGCUACACCCGCUGGCGAUCCGGGGCUAGCGACGACGAGGAUGACGAAGGUGGGGACAGAGGCGAUGAAGGGACAAACAGCGCGGUCACUAUCAUAACCAAACAGCGCACGCAUCCCUCUCGCCUCUCCAGACCAGCACAGACCAGGGUAGCUGCGGUCAUGGUGCUGAUGUGUCUGGUGAGUGCUGGCCUAGGCAUGUGGAUGGGGUGGGUAUGGGCCGUCUCCUGUCCCCGCUACCCCAUCAACAUGAUCGUUCCGGCUCCCAGGAGUGACUACAACCAUUCACACCCGCUACUGUCUCACCUGCGUCCCUCGCUCAUCAAGGACUACAUGAGAAAACUGUCCGGGGUUGGCUCAGACUUACUGGCGACGAUGGUGGAGGGGGAGUGGCGGGAGCAGGGCCUGGAGACAAGCACCACUACCUUCACUGUCGAUCUCUCUCGUCCUGAUCCACAGCGGCCCAACACCAUCGAAGUUGCCUACAUCAAUGGAACCACCAAGCUGCUCAAUCCAAUACUUGAGGACAUGCACUCACCCCCCUUCAGUGCAUAUAGCCCGGCAGGAGUAGCCUCAGGGCAGCUCGUGUAUGGCCACUACGGGCUGCGGGAGGACCUCAGCAUCAUACAGUCACGGAAGAUUUUGCUCAAAGGUUCCAUCCUCCUCUUCCGCCUGGGCAAACUGAACGCAGGGGCCAAGGUACGGAAUGCUAUGCAAGCGGGCGCGGCGGCUGUGUUGCUUUAUCCUGACCCUGAAGACAAGCGCGGGGACAGGCGGGGCGGUGAACCUUACCCGAACGGCACAGGUCUUCCUGAUGACGGCAUCCUGUGGGAGACACUGAGUACCACGCCCGGGGAUCCUUCUACGCCCUUCUUGCCUAGCUUGCCCCAUGUAUACCGGUCAGGAAAGGCGGCUCAGUCCUUGCCUUCCAUCCCUGCCCAGACCAUAAGUGCGGACACGGCACAGGAGCUUCUAACCUUACUUACUGGCCCUGACGUACCCGUGGGCUGGGCUGGCGGGUUGGCUGCUAACUACACACUAGGAGGUUCUUGGAUUUCUGAUGCUGAGGUCGCUAACUUGACUGUCACUGUGAAUAAUAUACUAGAGCGUCGAGAGGUGAAGAAUAUCCAUGCCACUAUGCCAGCGUCCGAUGAAGCCAGAGUGGUGAUGGUUGGCUGCCACUAUGGGUCCUUGCAAGGUGGCCAGCACUCCGGCGCGGGUUUGGGAGCCUUACUGGCCUUGAGUGACGCCCUUGCCAAGAGUUACCUGCCGCGCGGGACUCAAAGGAAGGUGGUCUUUUCCGCUUGGGCUGCGGGAGAAGAUGGCUGGGUCGGCUCCACUGAAUUCACGCAGCUUCAUCCGUGGUGGGUAGAAUCGUCUCUCUUCGCCUAUUUGGGGGUGGACUCCUUGCUGCAGGGGACGGGCGCCAUGAGGGUGAGCGCGUCGCCAGCCCUGCGUGAGGCGAUCAGGGAAGCAGCCGGUCAGGUGUGGUGGCCCGCAGGGAACAAAAAGAGAAGAAUAGACGUGCGGGAUGGCUGGCGACUUUCAGAUCCUUUUGGAAGUAAUGAUAUCUAUUUUUACAAUCUGGGGUCAGGUAACGAUUUCGUCAGUUUUACUGCGCAGCGCGGGGUGCCCUCUGCUCACUUCGCCGCCGUGGGAUCAAACUGGAAGAGAACCUACUCCCUCAGGCACUCCCAGUAUGAUGACUUCGACGCCUAUACCCGCCUUUUGGACCCAACCAUGGAGUGGACGCACAUGAUCACGUCCCUGGUAGGAGCGACGCUGCUGGUGCUGAGCGAGAGUGAGGUUCCCCCCCUGGUGCUGAGUGAACUGAGUACGGAGCUGAACAAUGGCUGGCAGGAGUUCCACAAGAGUCAUUCCGCCUCCCUCGCCAAUUCAGGGCACAACUUCACGGGCAUCCUCGACGCCAUCGAGAAAGAGAUCCUCAAACUGAAGGACACACUGACGAUGCUGGACGACUGGUACAAAGCCCGCCCUUUCUACGUGAGGCCCUACCCGCAGCACUACCCCGGCGAAGACCACAGGAGGCAGGUGGAGCAGCGGCUGUGGUGGCUGGCGAACCUAGAGCGGGGACUUCUGGGACCUCGAGGCGUAGGCCGGUCUUUCACCACACACCUCAUGCUAGGACCUGACCCCGAGGACCCAGACACGCCCAUCCACUUCCCGCACGCCGUCACUGCCAUCACCCACGCCCUACAGCAGAAGACGCCCUGGGAAAGUGUGCACCAGGAGCUGUCCUAUGUACUGGCCGCUCUUGCCUCCUAUAGACAAUUGUUUGCCGGUGACCCUCCUGCAGAAACAGCCUACACUGCCUGAAGAAGUAGUAAAAGAAGAAGAGGGGAGCUGAAGGCGGAAGAGUGGGAUAGAAAAGGAAUCCAUCCAGAAACCUUCCUAUAUACUGUUUACCUCCUACGUACUUACAGGCAGCUCUGAAGUAGUGGCAGAAGAAAAAUAAGCAGAACCCGUCCAGCAACAGUCCUACAUAUUCACCACCUCCCUAAAAACACAACCUGAUAUCCUAGUCUUCACCUCUUAUGAAAUUCAGAAAAGACAACAAAGAUCCUUCCAGAAACUCCCUUACAUACUUUCAGUCAGCUCCUCUUUACCUUACACAACUCAAUGGACACAACACACUGAAGAAGUCGCAGAAGGAGGAAAACUUUCACGAAACGUUUACAUCCUCCUCCUACUACAGACAGUUAAAGAUGCAGUGACCUCCAGUGCCCUCCCCGUCAGAUACAAAUACGAGUAUAUAAUUAUGAACUUUCACCUACGCGUCUCUACAGCGUCUCCUUCGUAAUACCAGCUCGAGACGCUGAGUAGCUGAGAAGCUUUAUCGAUGCAUAAAGAAGUGAAUAAAACCAGAUACAGAAAAACAUGUCAGACAGCAAGUAAACCGUCGCUUCCGUGCCACGAGUAAGUUUGAAAGGAAAAAGUCAAGCAAUGAAACGCAGGAAAUGUGAUGGCGCGUCGUUAUUUUUGUUUCAGUGUUCUUAUUUUUCUUGGUGAUCCGUUUUCUUUGCGACGACCAACCAGCCAGCCAGCCGACCAGCCAGCCAGCAGGCGCAGACGCUCCAGGCAUUCAGUGGCUGUACAUAAUCUGCCUUCACGGGAAUAAUUGUGCUAACGGUUCUUGUUGAUUGAGGUGAAGCAUGCCAUGCGCAACGCAGCAGACACUCCAGUGACACACUGCUGCCUUCCUUUCUUACUCAAACUCACGAUCCGUAACUGAAUUCAAUUAUGAACCUCGACUGAAUCCAUAGAGUGACAAAAGAUACAGAUGGAAAAAAGCAACAUAUCUGUUAGCCACCACGAGGCUGUUAUGUUAUAAGAGUGACCUUUUAUUAAUACUCUACUUUCAACCUCGACUGAAUAAUCAUAUGACUGGAAUGUUAAUGAGGAGGAGAAACGUACAUCAGCAUACUUUUUGACCCUCACGAGGCUGUUGUGUGAUAAGUGUGAUUUGUAUCUGUUAAUAUACUGCAUUAGCAUAGCUUCGACUUAAUUCUUCGAUACACGUCUUAACUGAUUUGAACUCAACUAAGCUAAACGUAUAAUUUUAGUAUUUUUUAUUAAUAAAAAGAGACAAAAUCUUCUCUUAACACGACACAAGAAAACAUGAAAUAAAUUUAAUUGAACUGAAAUUAACUAGACUGAAAUGAACUAAACAUAAUUGCACUAAACUGGAAUCAAAUUAAAUUAAUUCUAGACAUAACUGAACUUAACUAAACUGGACUGACUGGUUGGACUACGUCGAACUGUACUUAACUGAACUCAAAUUAACUGAUAUGUACUAAACUGAAUUUGACAUAACACUUUCAGUAACAAGAACACACAACAUUUGCUAUCACAAUAACAAAAACAACAAAAACAGCAACAACAACAACAACAACAACUACUACUACUACUACUACUACUACUACUACUACUACUACUACUACUACUACUACUACUACUACUACUACUACUACUACUACUACUACUACUACUACUACUACUACUACUACUACUACAUAUCCUCUCCAUUAACAGUGUUGUACAUAAUAAAUGAAUUAAUAAAUAAAUAAUGUGCAUGAAUGAAUAAAUGAGUGCAAGAAUAAUUUAAUAAAGUGCGAAAAGAGUGAAUAAAAAACUCUAUACUCA